UCGCAAAAGGGCAGUCGAGAUGAAAUCUACGCUAAUGGGUCGUCUUCAACUCCAUUUACCUCAAUUGGGUUUCCGCCAAAACCUCACAAAUCCAACCCUCCAUUGUUGUACGGCAGGUCCACCUCCAAAUAUCAUCUGUGGCCUCAGAAAGGGCCAGAGGAAGCCCUUAGGUAAGUCAAGGGUGCCCUCCACUGAGUCUAUUCAAGCAGUUCAGUCGCUCAAGCUCGCUAAAUCCGCCUCCAAAAUGGAAGACGUAAUCAAUAGCAAGCUUAGCAGAUUGCUGAAAGCAGACUUGUUUGAUGCUCUGGCUGAAUUACAGAGGCAAAAUGAACUGGAACUAUCGCUUCAGGUCUUCAAAUUCAUGCGGAAUGAAGAGUGGUACGAGCCAGAUUUAAACUUGUACCAUGUGAUGAUUCAAAUGAUGGGAAAGAACAAAAUGAUUGAAAUGGCUGAAGAGGUCUUCCAUGAUUUUAAAAGGGAUGGGUUAGAACCAGACACAAGAGCUUUUAAUGAGAUGAUGGGAGCAUAUUUGCAAGUAGACAUGGUGGAAAGAGCUGUUGAGACAUAUGAAUUAAUGAAAGCAUCAGGUUGUACUCCAGAUAAAUUGACUUUCAAGAUUUUGAUCAAGAAUCUUGAGAGAUUUAGGGAAGAGUUUGCUGCAGUGGUCAAGAAAGAAUGUGCUGAGUUCUUGGAUUCUCCUGAGAAGUUCCUCAGGGACGUUGAACAGAAACUGAUGAAACUUCAAAUUCUUUAAUCUGUGUUUGAUUUUUGAGGUACUCUUCUCUGUUUCUUACUGCUUUAAAUGAAAGUUAAUGCUUAGGAGUGAACAUCUUUAGAGCAAACAUGAGUGUGUUCUUUGGAUGAUCAUUGUUUUGGACUUCUGAGCCUUUGAGUUCUUCAAUUUCGUCUAUGGAAAUCUCAUAUGUAUUGGAGUUUUGAGCCUCUGAUAACUAAAAUGUUUCUUUUCCA